UUCCCACCAGUAGAGGGAUUUCAGUGUUAAAAAUGCUCGUAAGAUGCUGCUCACGUUCCAGACGUCAAAUCAAUUGUUUUCCAAAUGGCUGCCUUCAUGUCAAGUGAAGGAAAAGAACGGAUUAUAUUCGCGCAAUUAGAAGCACUUAAGGAAAUAAGACAGAAGACGCUGAGCUUGGAGCGCCUGAAGCAGCGCUUGUUGCAAGAAGUAAGGGCGGCCGAAAAUGAAGAAAAAAAUUUAGGAGAAUUCCGCCAAGAAAUGGAGCUUUUGCUUCAGGAGAAAAUGGCCCAUGUUGAAGAACUGAGACAGAUUCAUGCAGAUAUCAAUGCUAUGGAAUCAGUCAUCAAGCAGGCUGAAGAUGCCCGUAAUAAAGCUGUGGAGGUGGCUCGUCAUCUCUACAAUGAGUACCGUCCAAUGAAAGCUGAAGUUGACAGGACUCGUCGUGAGUGCCUGGGAUUGGACACACUUCCAGAUUUGCAAGAGGAAGAUGGAAAUCACAUCCCUCCAGGGUUCUUUGAAAAACCAAAACUUGAGUGGAUGCCAGAGAGAGAAGAUUCAACACCAUCUUCUUUAGCCAGUUUGACUAUGGCUACUGCAGGAGUAGGGUCAGGAGGACAUCAAAGUGGUGGCAGUGGUUUCCUGCCACCUCCUCCUCCACAAACUCCGCUCAUUAUGGGCAAUAGCAAUAGAGGAGAAGCAAGAAGCCUUGCUCCUCCACCUGCCGGACCUUCACCAGCCUUUCGCCAACAGCCACCACCAAUGAAGUCGUGCAUGUCUUGCCAUCAACAAAUCCACCGAAACGCUCCUAUUUGUCCACUUUGCAAGGCAAAGUCGCGCUCGCGUAAUCCUAAAAAGCCAAAGAAGAAAGACUGAAGCAUAGUUAAUUAUAAGGACCGAAAAUCGUGUCGAUAAGCUUUCACGGACUCUUUUUAUUGCUGUCGACAUGCUCACUUCCUCGAAGAUGUUGAUUCUUCGUCCCCUUUUCUUUUCUCCUGCUCUCGUGAAUCUCGUAUUGUUCGACGUUGUGCCAAGCUGAUCUUUCAUUUGGGUCAGUUAAUCGUCCCUGCGUCUUCUGUAACUUUUCAAGCAAACAAACCACUGUCGAUUUAGAUCCAAGUUCGUAAUGAUAUUCUUUUACAGGUUGUAAACAGAUUCAUUUUCCUUGACUGUGAUGCAUUCCAACGGCAACAGUAUUCAAUAGUCUAGAUUUAUCCGAGUUUCAGAACUAAUACAGACUUCACCAACAU